UUGCAACUAUAUAGUCGAAAGACGGCCGAAGAGGGCUGAUGUGUCACUUGCCAUGGCCGCCGUCUUGUCAGUGAUUGGCCAUGUUGAUGAGAGUAUUGAGCAGCGUGCUUCCUUGCUCGCGGCUUUGAAAGCCAAGUUGGACGAUGGCAAACGCCCGCAGCGCCAGUUGGUGGAAGAUGAGCAGCCCUCGCUGUUGAUGCUUGCUGAGGAUUCUGGUGAAGCAGAAGCACAAGAAAGGGUGCCUCCAGCACCAGCAGCGCCUGCGCCGCCAGUCAUUGACGUGGACGAAGAGGACCCAACCCCGACUGACGGGGCUGGCGAUCCCUUUUCAGAUGUCAUGGCGCAACUUGAUAGAGGCUUGGACGCCCGCCAGCAAAUGAUUGAUGCGCUUAAGGCGCAGCUCAACAAGUCUGUUGCCGGCCCAAAGUCCAAGCCAGCAAUGUCGAUCCAAAAGGCAGUGUCGAAGCCGGCUGCAGUGAGCUUGCACAGUUCCUUGCUGACGGGCAUCCCGCCUUCUCCACCUGCGCUGGCCAAUGCGCUCGCUGCAACCGGUUUACCGCCAGGCCAACCUGGUUUGCAACCCGGGAUGGUUCCGCCGAUUCUUCCUUCGGCUCCAAUGACACCGGCCACACUGUGUGCGGUGACACCAUGUGCGGUGGCACCAAUGGGGAGUAUAUCGCCAAUAGCAGGAGAGCCACCUGCAAAGCGCAUCAGACGAGAAGGUGUUCCUUUGCCACUGCGAGCUCUUCAAGCGCAGGAUUUCACAGCCAAACAAGCAGAGCAAGCUGCGCUCGCAGCAAGGAAAGCACAAAUGCUGAGGAGCCUGGGUGCGGACAUAGCCUCACAAACGCCAGCAGAACUUCAGGCAGGACCAGGACAGCCAUCUAUUCCAGAGCCACCGCCAGGAGCCUCACCUGAAGAGUUCGAAGCUUACCGCCAAGAAUGCUGGCGUCAGUACUAUCAAUGGUGCAAGGUUUGGCAGAAAUACUACGACCAAAGCAAAGGCAAGAGCCAAGGGCUCCAAGCACCUGGAGGAACUCCUGGCGCCGGACAUCAGGCACAUGGCAAGGGUACUUCCAAGGGGAAGCGGCCAGAGUGGGCUGGACAGGCAGCUCAGGCCCCACGGCAUUCCUUGGAAGACGACAUUCAUAGCCAGUUGCUGGGGCUCUGAGAUCAUGAGACAAGAUGCAAAGAGCGAGAGAAAAAGGAGACGCCGGCCUAUUGAGAACCCCAUUGAUCAGCCACAGCACGUCUUUAAAC